AUGCCAGUUCUGGCGGCCGCAUUAUCAGCUGUUGGUGGACUAAUUAGUGUUGUGACUCCUCCCUUUCUGCGACAUCUUGGUUUUCUUGUUCAUUACAAAACAAAAAUCAAUGAGCUUAGAAACCAAAUGGAAAGACUUGAAAAACUGAGAAUAGAUGUUGGGCAGUGUGUGGAUGUCGCUCGAAGCCGAGGACAAGUGAUCAAACAAGUGGUAAGUAGUUGGUUAGAUACAAUUGAUGCCACACAGAGAGAGGUGAUUGUGUUGUAUGCCGCAGUUGAAGAGAACAAGGGAUGCUGCCUCCAAUACGACUGCGGCCGUGCUCGUUAUCGUGUGGGAAAAGAAGCAAAAAGGAAGACCGAUGUAGUCAUUAAUCUCCAAAGGGAAGGAAGCCAAUUUGAUAGCUCUGUGUCAAUUCCUCCUCCACCUCCUCCUGGCAUAGAAUCCAUGCCAAUGCUUAAUUUCCAAGCUUUUGAGCCCACCAAGUUGGCAAAGGAGCAAAUUAUGGAGGCAUUGGGGGACAAGAAACUCAACUUCAUCGGAGUUUAUGGGAUGGGCGGGGUCGGCAAGACGACCUUGAUGAAUGAAUUGGCAACGAAACUGAAAAACAAAAGGUUCUUUGAUCGGAUUGUGAUGAUAACCGUGAGUCAAAACAUUAUUUUCAAGAAGAUAUUGCAGAUAACUUGGGGUUCAAAUUCGAGGAAGCAGAUGAAUCAAGGCGGCGACAUAAUUCGCAACGAUGGAAGAGGAGGAUACAAUUGCAGCGUCAUUAUCACAACGAGAUUCUUACAAGUGUGUGAUGGAAUGAAUACCCAAUACAAUGUUGAACUGAAGGAGUUACCCGAAGCAGAUGCAUGGGAGCUAUUUAGAAUGAGCGCAGGGGGUGAUCGUGUAGACUCCUCAGAGCUGUAUGAGGUAGCCAGGGAAGUUGUUAAAGCAUGUGGGGGUUUGCCAGUGGCACUUGUUACAGUUGGAAAAGCACUAAGAAAUAGGGACCGGAUCGUAUGGGUUGAUGCAGUCACCCAACUAAAGAAAUCAAUGCCAUCGAGAAUUCAAGGUAUGGAACAAAGAGUAUUUUCCUCCAUAAAAUUGAGUUUUGAUUAUCUUGAAAGCGAGGAAACACGACGUUGCUUUUUGUUUUGUUGUUUAUUUCCUGAAGACUUCAUUAUUUCUGAGGAUGAUUUGCUUCCUUGUGUGUGGGCUGAGGAUAUAUUUGAAGCAAUUGAAAACAUGAACGAAGCCAGAAAUAGGUUGCAUGCGGUGCUGGACACACUUAAGCGGUCAAGUUUGUUGUUAACUAUUGAUGGAAGAAAUGGAUGUGUUAGGAUGCAUGACAUAAUACGAGAUGUGGCAAUUUGGAUUGCAUCACAGCAAAGCCAUCAUGGCUUUGUUGUAAAAGCUGGAAGUGGACUUGAGGAGUGGCCAAAUAUGGAGAACUACCUGAGAAAUUGCAAGCGACUCUCGCUAAUGCAAAAUGAAAUCAGUAAGUUCCCCGAAAAGAUGGGUUAUUGCUCCCAACUUCUAACCUUAUUAUUACGAGAUAAUCAAUCUCUGAGGGAAAUCCCUGAUGGAUGUUUUGAGGGUAUGAUAUCACUCAAAGUUCUAGAUCUCCGAAACACAAAUAUUGUUUCAAUACCAUCGUCAUUCUCAUGGUUAACGGAGCAGCUUCGAGUGUUACAUCUAAAUAUAGUUGAGUCUUCUUUAGAUUUGUCAGUGCUUGGGAACAUGAAGAAACUUGAAAUUCUCAACCUAAGUGGCUCCCACGAAUUAAGGAUUUUGCCACAAGAAAUAGGGGGAUUGACAAAUCUAAAGUCCUUGGAUUUGUCAAGAAACUCUAGGUUGAUUAUUCCCCCAAAGGUUCUGUCGAGAUUAUCUCGCUUAGAAGAACUCUACGUAUUGGAAAGCUUUGAUGAUUGGGAGGCUUAUGAAGGAUCAAAAACAGAUGGUAGUAGUAGUAGUAGUAGUUGGAGUAGUAAGGCUUGUUUGUCUAAGGUGGCAUCCUUGGCUCGUUUGACAAGGCUUGAAUUAAUUGUAUCAAACAUAGAAUGCCUCAGUUCCAACAACACCAUCUCAUUGUGUGCACAAAACUUGACCCGUUUUUAUAUUGGAUGCCCAUUCAAUCCAACGCGGAAGAAAUUAGGGAGGGGAUAUGACAUCCCCACCGUAGGUAAUUAUGAAGCUACAAUGUUAUUUUGGGAAAUAAAAAUCCCUAAUGAACUUUCCAAUUGGGCUAAGGUGUUGUUGGGACGAACAGAGCGUCUAAUUCUCGAUGAGUGCCAUGGUCCAAAGACCAUUUAUCCACAACUUGGUGGAGAGGGAAGUGGUCUAAACAACUUAGGAUAUCUCCAAAUUGAAAAUUGCGAGGAUCUGGAACAUAUUUUGAUUGCUGAUCAUCAUCAUCAUGUAGAAGAAGGGAUCUCGGCCCCUCUACUCGCAUUCAACAGGUUGGAAGAAUUAAAGUUACAUUACUUAAGGGACUUGAAGGAAGUCUGUCAUGGACCUUUUCUAAAGGGGACCCUGGAGAACCUAACGAUCCUAGAGAUUUACAAAUGUCACAAUUUAAAGCACAUCUUUCAGAUGAGUAUGGCUCAGGGUCUUCCAAAAUUAGAAGAUAUUACAAUUGGUGAUUGCAAUGAUUUAGAGGAUAUAUUUAUGAAGAAUGAGGGAGAAGACGAGGAGGAAGGGGUGGUGGUGGUGGUGGUGGUGGUGCUUCCACGAUUAAGGAUGCUUGAAUUGUGUUCAUUGCCAAACUUCUCAACAGUAUGCCCCCACCACCGCCCCCGCCGAGGGGUAAUAUCACUCCAUGAUGAUGAUUCAAUAAAAAUCCCUGUCUUAGAAAGCUUGUACAUUUACAAUUGCCCCAAUUUGAGAAGGAUCCCUAUAAGUCCAAGUCCGGAGAGUACACCAAGACUAAGGAGGAUCUACGUAGAAGAAACAUGGUUCAAUCAUCAGUUGGAGUGGGGUGAACCAAGUGACAAACUGCACCUUCAACGGCGAGUUCAGGUGGAGUUGAACAAUGUCUCUGAGUUGACAAAUAUGCUUACAGAAGUAGAAAGGACACUUAAGAAGAUCAAGGUAGUUGCUCUUGUCACUGAGAAGAGUUCUCAGUCUUUUAAGAGUAGGAAGAAGGCGGCGGCUAAGAAAGGAAAGUCUAAGAGCAAGUAUUUCAUUAAUAAUGAUUUGAUCAUUAGUUAUGGUGGCAAAUUUGUUGCUUCUGGUUAUAGAAUGAAUGGUUUGUAUUUCCUCAAAUCAAUCUUAAAUGUAUCCAGUAAUUCCAAUAUAACUAUUAGUUUUACGAAACAAAAGUGA